AUGACUUCCAACAUCCUCGGCAUCAUAGACUGGGAAUUCACAAGCACAAUCCCACUCCAAUUGUUCACACCGCCGCCGUGGGUUACCGGUCACGACCCCGAUACACUGCGGGCUAUGCGUGGACUUGUGCGUGGCCCCUUUCGUGAUGAGAUUUUUGCCGAGUUCCGCGACGUUCUGCAAAAUAAGCGCGAAACAUGCAGUAUUUCGGAAAAGUUAUGGCACGAGUGGGGAUAUCAACAGGGACAGGCUGGACAAGAAGAGACCCCCAUUCAAAGACUCCCAACUAUUGCCCAGAUAUUACGUCACCCUUCCAGUCUCAUGGGCGUAUAUUGUUCGUCUCUCUUCCACAUACUUUUCGGGCCGCUUGCGAAAAGAGAUGAAGAGAUUGGCAAGUUUUUUGACCAUCCAGACAAUGUGAGUCUCGUGAAGCAGGUUGAGCUUCAAAUUGAGAAAUCCAAGCGCUAUACGCAAUAUCUAGAAGACAGAGGCCUUCUUGUUGAGGACGUCCAGAGUCAGCAAAUUCGGGAGUAUCUUGCCAAUACUAAACAUUUACUUACUCCAUAG